UAUCCAUAUUAGGUGCUUUAGGAGGAUUUGGAGAGAAAGAGUGGUUGGCUUCAUCAUAUAAAUAUCAUAGAUUUUCAACAUUUAAGUCCACGCUAAUUAGAGUUGCUCCAGCACUCCCUGUUAUCAAUGGCACUCUCGAAAACUUUCUUUGGUUUUUUCAUAGUGAUUGUCCUAUCAUCAUCUACAAGCUCCCUAGCUCAUCCUGGUCUUGGCUGGGGUGGUAAUGGCCCUUUUGGUGGUGUCUCAUUUGGUUUGUUUCCUGAGUUUUAUCAGUUUUCAUGCCCUCAAGCCAAUGACAUAGUCAUGUCUGUUCUGAAAAAGGCCGUUGCCGAGGAAUCCAGGAUCGCUGCCUCUUUGCUAAGGCUUCAUUUCCAUGAUUGCUUUGUGCAGGGCUGCGAUGCGUCAGUACUGUUGGAUGAUAGCGCCACAAUAGUGAGUGAAAAGAAUUCUGGACCAAACAAGAACUCCCUGAGAGGAUUUGAAGUGAUUGAUGAGAUCAAGGCCAAGUUAGAAGAAGCAUGUCCUCAGACUGUCUCUUGUGCUGAUAUCCUCGCCUUGGCAGCUCGUGGGUCAAUCGUACUAAGCGGCGGACCCAGUUGGGAGCUCCCACUUGGAAGAAGGGACUCGAAGACUGCAAGUCUCAGUGGCUCAAACACACUUAUUCCAGCACCAAACUCCACUAUCCAAAACCUCAUAACCUUUUUCAAGCGUCAAGGCCUUAAUGAGGUUGACCUUGUCGCACUCUCAGGGGGGCAUACAAUUGGGGUAGCAAGGUGCGUGACAUUCAAGCAGAGGCUAUACGACCAAAAUGGAAACAACCAACCAGAUGAGACACUGGAGAAAACAUACUACCUAGGAUUGAAGUCAGUGUGUCCAAGAUCAGGUGGUGACAAUAACAUCUCUCCAUUGGAUUUUGGGUCCCCAAUAAAAUUUGAUAACACUUACUUCAAGCUUCUUCUUUGGGGCAAGGGACUUCUCACUUCAGAUGAAGCUCUUUUCGCAGGAAAAAUUGGCAAGACUAUGAAAUUAGUCAAGAAUUAUGCACAGGAUGAGGCACUUUUCUUUGACCAAUUUGCCAAGUCAAUGAUUAAGAUGGGCAACAUUAAUCCUCUUACUGGUUCUAGUGGCCAAGUCAGGAACAAUUGCCGUCGUGUUAACUAAAAAAAAAAAAAAGAAAAGAGAAAGAAAACCCGAUUAUGUAUGAAAUCCGCUUAGCACUAUGGUGGUUAGAUCUAAUAUAUGUAUCUUUUGUAUUGGAUUUGUAGCAACGUAUGAUAUUUGCAAGUAAAAUGAAGUGGUGCCGUCAGGUUUAUUUAA